AUAAUUCCACCUUCUCCCUCCACGGGAGUUGUUUGACACACAAAUGUCAACCUGGAACAUGGUGGCAAAGGCACGUAUCUCUUUGUCUCCACCCCACCCAUCUAGUGACAUGCGUGCUUGGUCAAUGUAUUUCUGGAUAGCUAGCUGGCCAUCUGAGUCAGAGACAGCAUCGAAUGGAGCAAUAAUACUGAGCCAGUUGUGGUGGAUGGUCUUUACAGAGCAUCCACUCACCUACAGCCUUUCUGAAGUCAGCAUGGAAACUGGCUCUAAACGAAAGUUUUGCUGAUGACAUGCACUCAGAUAAAUCUAUAAUACUGUCUUUGUGAUUAUGGUAUGGCUCCUCCUUUGUGCUGAUGGUGGGAGUGAGGGAUGGAAGCAUCUGUCUCAUUCACCCACAGCUCAUCAUAGUAUUAGCACCAUGGUUAUAAUAAUGUUCACACCAUGAUCAGCAUCCGCUGCACCUUGUUGUAGCAUGGAAGAGUAUAAAAGGAAGGCCAGAGGACUAGCCCUCAUCAGGAAAUCCAGCGGCCAUGGCAACAGGAGCGGCUAGAGGUGGAGGAGGAUGGAGAGGAGGAAGAGGAAGAGGAAACGGCAGAUCCAACGACAGACACACAAGAAACGGAGUGGGUUAUCUCAUGGACUACUUUGUGAGAAAAGACAGAGAAGAGGAGAACCAGAGGAAGAGAAAACAAAGACAAAGGAGAAGAAGAAGAGAAGAACUGGAGAGGUGCUUGAGGGACGGUGAGAUGGAGAGGGCGAGGGAAAUUGCGAAACAAAUGCAAGGUUGGGAGUUGGUGGGUCUUGAAGAAGCCCUGAGAACAAUGAAAAUCACAGGUGCUACUCCAACUCCCAACCCCCGCUCUCCCUCCCCUCCCCCCAAAGAGGGAGAAUCAUCUAGUGGGUAUGGUGUGUGUGUGUGUGGCAUUUACUUCAACCCAAAUGAUACCUUUACUAUGCAGGCACUCCACCUCCAACUCGGACUUGCACCAACAUAAUCAAUUUUACAUUACUUACCUAUUAUCAUUACUCAUAUAUACUCAUUAUAUCUUAUAUGCAAAGUGCAUGACAAGGUGGGAAUGGGAUCUGAAAAGGCUGUCAGUGGGUUGACAUAGUAAGCAAGAGAGAGUUCAGCAAGCACAGGGAGAGAGAGAGAGGCCUUGUGAAACAUGCUCUCAACAAAAAUGAAAAUAAGAAGCCUAAGUGCCGAAGUAAUUGGCAAAAAAAUAGUAAUGUGC